UGUCUAUAUUGUUUUCUUUGCUGGAACAACCAUCCAAGGGAAACCUUUUAAAAUCUCUCCCAGACAAAGAUUUUAUUUAUGAUGGAGAAUACUGAUAUUUGUCAGCAAUUUAUGUUUACAUAAAAAUAAGUUUAAUGAUUAAAAUGAUUGUCGUCUCCUAAUCCAGUCAUUCCCAAUCUUUCUGAAGUUUCAGUACCUUGGGCACAGAUUGACCAACAUUUGUAUCUUUGUUCUUAACGUUCCCUAACAGCAUAUUUUAAACUAAGCUGAGGUAAAGCUAACUUUUCCUUGAAUUUCUGAGAAUUCUUUGACUUCUGAGGUAGUUGGUAUAAUACUUGGGCUCUUACAAAACCAGCAUUGGGAAUCCCUGCUGUGGAUCUGUCAUCUUUGCUGUUUCUUCAAUAUUAUUCUCCCUCACAGAUGACCUUUCACCCCUCCUCAAGGUUUUCUGGUUUCUAUUCUUUCUCAGUCUCUGCUUUUUCAUUUCUAGUACUUCAUAGCCAAUAACCUCAGCAGUUGUUGUUGAUCAUUCCCUUGAGGUGACACAAAACCUGUUUAUUAUCAACAUGUAGUGAUUUUUUUUUCCCAUUAAGAUUGGCUACAAAAUAAAGUGUGAAAUACGCCCGACAUCCUGACAGUAAAGGUUAGCUCAGUUGAUGGUGAUUGUCUGUCGCAUGUCUGACUAGAAAAUUGGAACGUUGGUGUUUGCUGCUUGGUAGGAGUCCAGUGUAAAAACCAAUGAUGACCUUAGGCAAUGGCAGGGUUCCUUAGCGGUUGCUUGGGUCACAAGCCUAGACCUGAAAGUACCCUCUAAACUUUCUCCACUCUCAUCCCUGUAGCAGCUACUGCAGCCAACCAAAUCCGCGCCCCACCCGACUUCCCAUGUGGAGCUGGGUGUGCCAGGUAUACGUCACAAGGCCAUGCUCGGGGAUGGGCAGAAUCACGUGGCCUUCCCUGACCGACCCUUUGGCUCUGUCUGUCCCAGCCCUUCUCUAGAGAGUAGUGUCCCACUUCAGGUCACCAGCUGCUCUACGGGCAGAGGCUACCCCCUUUCAUGGACGCUAAUAACAAAUAACAAACAUCUCAGAAGGGAACAUAGGAACCGCAUUAUUUGGCUUUUCUGAUGUUGGGCAGAUCAGUGAAGGAUGCUGUUGUGCUCCAGUCACUGACAUUUUUCAUAGAACAUUACCCCAAAAGACACAGAAAUGAUUCCAAAAAAUGUAGAAGUCCUUGCCUAGUAGGUCACUGCAAAGUGCUAAAAUCUGAAGAAAGGAAGAGCAGUUCACAAAUGCUUAUCUCCACAUUGUUCAUUGGGCUACCCUAACCUCCCCUGCUCCCAGAGAAUACCAGAUGGCUUUACAAUUGAGGUGGUUCAAACACAGAUGGCCCUUUUUCCUUUUAUUAAUUGCUCAGCUAUCUGUACAUUGGCCCCCACACCCGCCACCUGACCAGCACGGCUUCUGCCUCCCUCAGCACUGCCAGGCAGGGGUUUUCUUAGACUCAUCCUCUGGGCCACCUUCUGCUCCUCUCCCUCCCUCUUCAUUAACAUCCAGGCCACCCUCAUUACUCCUUGGCAACCUAGCUUGGGUUGGCCUCCCCAGCCAGCCUUCCAGACUGUUCUUUAUCUCCCUUGCAGCCUGUCUUGCACACCACUGUGGCCAGGUCAGUCUUUCUGAGAAUAGCAUUUCCUCACAUCAUGGCCCUGUUUACAAAGCUGUUUCCCAUUUGCCUAUCACAUCAGAUCACAUCAGAACCCUUCGGCUCUGGAUUGAAGCCGACGCCACUGUUCCUGGCAAGCCUCGUUGCCCUCCAGUCCCGGCGCUGGCCUCCGUCCCUGUCAGGCCUCGUACGAUGCUGCUGUCUGCCAUCCUGCCGUCUCCAGCUCUGCCUGCAUGUUGGUCCUGCAUUUAUCUCCACCUCACAGACUCUUAUUCCACAGCUCUGGGCAGUCCAAAGCAUACAUGGCCCAGUUAAUUCUCUUUUACUUGAAAUAUUCCCUGAGGAGCCCCCAGGUAUUUUUCCUUACUCACCGGAGACUUGUAGUCGGGGCCACACUGAUGUCAUUUGGGAAUUAUUUGCAAAGUCACAGAUCUGGACUUCUCUCUCCAGCUAAAUCAUGAGUUCCUCAGCUAAAUCACGGGCCCACAGUUCCUGCAGCAGCUGGUAAACACUUUUAGUCACGGAAGGAAGCCUUUUUCAGUUCUCAGCUCUGCCAAGGAACUUAUUUCAUGUACACAAAACCACAAACCUUGAGAGGAUUGCUGCCUGUAUCCUGUUCCCCCUCAUCUUUUUUUUCUUUAAAAAGAUGGUAAAGCUGAUUAUAAGAAUUUAAGUAACAUGGCCCUAGAACUACACUCUGACUCUGAGCCCCGUGUCCUGCCCACAGCACCAGGCCACGAAGACAGACCAUGUCGCUAUCCUCACAUUUGCUUGUAACUUAGGAGGCUUGCCAGUAAAAUCGAUGGUAACAGUGGACGUACUUCUCUUUGAAUAAGUUUAUUCUAUUUCCUUCUCCCAUUUUCUUUAUUUGUUGAAAAGAAUGGUGCUGAUUGAGAAGCCAAAUAUUAGUAACCAUUUUCCCCAUCUGGCACAGUUCUUUUGCACAGCACUGGAUUAGGCCAGGGGACUGGCCUAACUCUGCAAAUACCAGGAAAGGACUCUUCUAGGGAAAGUCGUACAAAUCUGAAUUGAUCACUAGAAAUACAUGGUCUCUACCUAAAAGAUGCUUUGUCACUUAAAAGGCUGAGUAGUCGUCAUAAUGUAAAGAAACCUCUAUUGUCAUGCAACCAUUUGCACCCAGACAUUGUGCCUGGUUGGCACUUAACAUUUUAUCAUUUGAUUCUCACACUAGCCUUGCAAUGUGAUGAAACCAAGGCUCCUAGGUGCUAAGUGACAUUCCCCUAGUCACGCAGCCUAGUGGUAGAGCGAGGAUUCAAACCUAGUUUUUGUUUUCCUUUGAGCUGGAGCUGCAAGAAAAAAAAAAAAGAAAUAAAUAAAAAACAAACCUAAGUUUGACCCCAAAUCCUGAGCUCUCCGCUGUGGGCCAUCGUAGCCUCUUUCCUCUAGUAUUUGUGGGUAGUUUUCAAGGGCUAAGAACGAUCCUCUAAUAAGUCAGUGAAAUUGCCGCACAUGAGAACAGCAUGUGUCAGCCUCUGAGGCGAGCCGGUACAAGCUCCAGGUUCUGUGAUGACACCUCCCUCCUGGUUUGAGAGCAACUGCAUAAAGGAGGCAGCAGAGGACCAUCCUCACCCUUCAGGUGCUAGCCCGUGUCAGUAGGGUCCUACACAACCUUUGCUCUGUGUUGUUGAGUCUUCCUCAGUCAGUAAAGUGACCCAUAGAUUACAUUCAGUAAGACACCAUGUUAUGUGCUUAGAGAGAAUUAAGCCAGUGAUUAGGCCUGCCGGAAACUGGCCAUCUCGCUGAACAGGUGAAACGGAUACAUAAAGUAACAGGGCCAGGCUGGAGUGGUGUGGACAGGAAGUGCUGCAGGAGCUCAGGUGAGCGGGAGACCUCAAACUUGGGGCAGUUUGAACUGGGCCUUACAAGAUGGGUAGGGUUUGUAAGGCAGAGAGAAAGAACAUUCCUGAACAACCAUGUAUGAAGACAUUGAAGGGCAAUGAGAAAGCCUGUUUGUUGAAACAGGGUGUGUGGACAAACUUGACUUGUGAGAUGUCUGUACAGAGGUGACGCUAAAUCGUGGAUGGAGUUAUGUCUUGUGUCAGGAUUUUAUCUGAGAGAAGCCACUGCCCGUGUGAAAGUUCUGAUGAGAACGGUGUUCAAGAGGAUGAGUAACCUGCCAGCACUGUGUGAGUUGGGGCAGAAGAGAGAGUCUAAGGCAAGGGAGACCCGGGAGGCUGUUACAAGGGCCAGAUGCGGGAUGUGCCUGACCCCCCAGUGGUGGCUGAGGGGAGACAUUACAAAGAAAGCAUCUUUGUUAUUUAACUGGAUAUUCUAAAGAAAGUGGUAAAUGAGGAGGGAGAAGUCAAAGAUGACCCUGAAGUUCUAAGCCUAAGUCUCUGAGGAUGCUGGUACCAUUGUCUGCUGUAGCAAAAUCAAGAUGGGGACUUCCCCUGGGUUAAAAGAGUUUACCAUUUUCCUUUAAUCUGUAUGGUGGCUUAUUCUGAUGGAAAAGAAAUUACUUCCAGAUCAACAAGACAAUGUUUUCCAUUAAGAAUUGUUCUGAGGCCGGGUGCAGUGGCUCACACCUGUAAUCCCAGCAUUUUGGGAGGCCAAGGUGGGCAGAUCACUUGGGCUCUGGAGGUCAAGACCAACCGGGGCAACAUGGCAAAACCUUGUCUCUACAAAAAAUACAAA